UUAUGGUUCGCUGAAAACGUAACCUUCACAUGUAACUUGUAGCUUUUUCAUACCAAGUCCACGACUAUUUCAAACGUACCAUAAAAUCUGAGAGCCCGGAAAAUCUCUUGGACUAAAAUCAUUUUGAGGGAGCUCAAAAAAUUAGAUCAAUGGAGGGAGAGGCUGAGAUUGAUCGGUUGCCUCUAGACCUCUUGGCUAAUAUCUUUGUUCUCAUCACCUCCUUCACUGAUUUGGCACAAGCAAGCGGUGUGUGUAGAAAAUGGAAACAGGGUGUGAAGCAGAGUCUGGGACGCAGAGACAGUUUGAGCUUUGCUGGUUGGAAGAUGGAUGAUGACUCCACAGCUCGUCUGCUUCGCUAUGCUUAUAGCCUCAGAGACUUGGAUAUUUCAAGGAGCCGGUGGGGUUGUCAGAUAACCGACACCGGAUUGUACCGGAUCUCUUUGGCAAAGUGUAUCAGCAAUUUAACAUCCAUAUCGUUAUGGGGUGUUACAGGGAUCACGGAUAAAGGUGUUGUUCAUUUGAUAUCCAGAGCUAAUUCCUUGCAGCACCUGAAUAUUGGUGGCACAUUCAUCACAGAUGAAUCACUGUAUGUCAUUGCUAAUAGCUGUCCACAUUUGAAGACUAUUGUUCUAUGGAGCUGCCGCCAUGUAACAGAGAACGGCCUUCUUUUUCUUGUAAAUAGUUGCCGCAAGCUUGAGUCCAUUAAUUUAUGGGGAACCAGAGUUCCUGUAGAAUGCUUCAUUGCUUUGCUUACUAUCAGUCCAGCUCUUCAGAUAAAACCAAAAGGCCUGACUUAUAAUGUUGAUGCUUCUAUGUUGCCUGUGAUAUAAUGUCGCCAUUCUUCCGAGUUCUGUGUCCAUGUUGCCCUACAUCUGUGCUUCCUUCAGCUCAAUGCCUUGGAUGGGACUGAUGAGAGGUUGAGGUUUCUUUAUCAGCUCAAUAAUUGCUGGCGUUUGUAGUCUCGAUCUGGCUCUGUAUAUAGUUAAUUGAAUCACAUCCAAUUUUAUUCUUUUGUGAAUGUGUGAAUAAGAUUGAAAUGAUUCUAAAGUUUGAAAAACAGUAAAUGACAACAUAAUUGUCGGGGUAGGAUUCCAAGUCGAAUCAAAUAAUCAAGUUCAUUGUAGGGUUGAAAUUUAUGUGCCUCUAGUA